AUGGCUGAUUUGCCUAAAGAUGCCCUGUACGACAUCCUUUCAAGGUUGCCAGUCGAAUCUUUAGCUCGUUUUCGAUGUGUAUGCAAACCAUGGUGCAACUACAUUGAUGAUCCUUACCUUGUAAGUAUUCAUGUCAAUGAGCCAAUACUAAUGAUGUUAAACGGAGAAUGCGCUACACUUCCCAAACGACCAGGCAUAGUGAGUAUCAUCGAAUCAAAAGAAGGCAAUACUGUUUUCGAGGUGAAACAGGACCCGAUUUAUAGGUUUAAGUCUAAGGGAAGUCAGAUCCAGGAUAUAGGUAUCAGCAAUGGGAUGAUCUUACUCGCACAAGAUGACGACGAAUUCCUUGAUGAUGUCAGUUUUCUCGUGAUCCAUCCUCUAAGGAAAGAACGCUAUGAGUUGCCAUUCCUUGAUCUUCAGUUUCCUUUAAGUUGUCCAAAUGCAUAUGGGCUUGGUUUUGAUGAUUCUACCAAAACCUUCAAGGUGGUGUUUCUUUUUACAAGAUUAACGUCACAGCUGGAUAAUUUAUGCACCAUGGUUCAUAUAUUGGGCACAUACUUGUGGCGAAAGAUACCUCAGAUCCCGGAAUGUUAUAAAAUGUACGGUCAAGGCGUCUUUGUUAAAGGACUCUUGCAUUGGGUUAAUGCUUCUUCUGAGAAUGAACACACUGACAUGUGCAAAUUAACAUACUUUGAUGUGAGGAAGGAGGAAUUUGGGGUUAUUGAUCCUCCUCCAAAACCAACAAUAUCAACAAUGGAUCAGUUGGUUAAUAUAAAUGAUAAACUCGGAUAUGCAUAUAAAAUUGAUGAUAGCGUACAGGUAUGGAUACUGAAGCACAAAGAAUGGUUGUCGUACGGUCAGUUCCAUUGCGCACCACUGCUUAGUUGUAGCUAUGAUAUAUCCUUACGUGGUUUAGGGUGUUGUAACCAAGACGGGGACCUAUUAAUCAGAGCGGGUAAAUAUCAUGAUCCUGGCCGGUUUUUUAUUUACAAACUGGAAAGUGGCGAUUUACAUGAAGUCAACAUCAAUGGUCUCGAAUAUAAUUCUAAGAUUAUAUUGUAUCAAAGUCACCUGUCUUCUACUAUCCACUAUAUCAACAAAAUGCCUCUUCCAGCAACAAAGAUUGAUCUUAUAAAAGCCACUUCAACCAGAACCUUUUUAAAAGGUUUUUUUAGUUUGAAAAUGCUUUUCACUUCUACCCUUUUAGAGUGUUUUGAUUUCUAG